GAAGAUCCUGCGGGUUGUAACGCUGAUACGUGAUAACUGGAUCGAGUGGGGACACUGAUAUUUUCCUGGUCAAACGCAUAUAACCGGGUCGGCAUUAGUUAGCGGUGAUCUUUUAGCACCGGAGGCAUAACUUGUUCGAAGGUACAAAAAGAGAAAAGAAAACAAAAAAAAAAAUGGAGUCAUGCUUGGCGCAGGGAUGCGUCGGAGCUACAGAGGGCACUCUUGGAUUUCUGUUUGCCCAGUUAAUGCAAACGCUCAUAUCGGCGAGAUGCGCUAUAAAUGACGACGUCGCUUAUCCACCGGAUCGGACAUCGCAGUUCCUCGAAUUCGAUUCCCCGGCGGUUUACGACUUCGUAAUCAUUGGUGGCGGAAGUGCCGGUUCCGUGGUAGCCAACAGAUUGUCAGAAAUUGGCAAUUGGAACGUCCUGUUAGUAGAAGCUGGAAAUGAUCCUUCCCCCAGUAGCGAAAUACCUGCGUUGGUGAUGGACCUUCACGGUGCUCCGGAGGACGUCGAGUACCAGGUUGAAAUCCAAGAUAACGCGUGUCUCGGUAUGUUGAACGGUCGGUGCUCGUGGCACAGAGGAAAAUCAUUGGGAGGGAGUUCGGUGAUAAGCGCGAUGUUGUAUUUUUACGGUAACAAACGAGAUUUCGACUCGUGGGAGGCGGCCGGAAACGAAGGUUGGUCGUACGACGAUCUGCUAAAAUAUUUCAAAGUAUCGCAAAACAUGCAACCCGAUCUAGUCGGUAAACUUGGAACAAAACACUUCGGCGUAGACGGACCGUUGGCUAUCCGUAGCUACAAUUUCACGGAAAGUUCGAUACACGACAUCGUAAUCGAGGCGGCAAAAAGUCUGGGAUUCCCCACACCGGAAGCAUUCAACGGCGACGAUUUUAUCGGCUUCGGCAAAUCUCAAGGUACGAUGGAUAACGGGAGACGAGUGAACACGGCGAAGGCUUUCCUGUCACCGAUAAAAGACAGGGAAAAUUUGCAUGUCAUAAAAAAUGCACGCGCCGACAAAAUUCUAUUCAACGACAACGAAGCCACUGGAAUCGAAGUGUCGUUGAUCAAUGGAAAAAAGGUCACGAUUCGAGCGAGAAAAGAGGUCGUCGUUUCAGCCGGGAGCAUAGCGACACCUCAGCUUCUGAUGUUGUCCGGAAUCGGACCCAAGGAACACCUGACUGAAAUGGGUAUAAACGUUAUCGCCGAUUUACCGGUGGGUAAAAAUCUUCAGGAUCAUAUGAUUUGGCUCGGAACACGACUGACAUACGAGAACGCGACGAACCAACCGAAACCAACGAAAUUAUUGGACGCGACCUACGAAUAUCUGAUGCACGGCAAAGGUGAAUUCGCGUCUCUUGCCGGGGCGGACAUCGUCGGAUUCGUUGACGUGUUUGACAAGAAAUCAAUUUAUCCGAACGUUCAAUUCAUCGGUAUGUAUCUUCCGAAGUACGAUGUGGCCAGAGCGCGUUUCUUCGCCAAAGCAUUUGGUCUUGACGAAGUCGUGACGCGAGAAGUUGUCGAAGAAGCGAAUAAACGCGAUACUUUACAACUUUUGACAACUCUGCUGAACCCCAAGAGCAAAGGAGAAAUCAAACUGACCAGUUCGAAUCCGGAUGACCCGGUGCGAAUUUAUGCCAACUAUUUGAAAGACCGGACGGACGUUGACACGCUAGUGAGAAGCGUCGACGUUCUCAAAUCGCUCGCCGGAACGGAGGUAUUUAAGAAAAAUGGAAUAUCUUUCGAUCAUACGAGAGUGCCCGCGUGUGCAGAUCGAGAAUACGACACGAGAGAAUACUGGGAAUGUAGCGUGCGACACAUCGCUGGUACAAUUCACCACCCCGUAGGAACGGCGAAAAUGGGUCCCGCCGAUGAUAACAGUGCAGUGGUUGACCCUCAGCUCAAACUCCACGGAUUCAAGGGAAUCAGAAUAGUCGACGCAUCGAUCAUGCCAGAAAUCACCAGCGCCAAUACGAACGCCCCGACAAUUAUGAUCGCGGAAAAGGCAUCCGAUUUGAUAAAAAACGAAUGGAUCAAAACUAAGGAUGAACUUUGAUCCUGCGGCGUAUAUUCUUUUCAUCAAUCUGCGUAUUUAAUUAUUGUUUGUACCGACGGUCGAUAUUCAUUAGAUCUAUACAAGGUUAAUGGUGUUCAAUAAAUGAUGAUUUUCGAUUCGA